CCCCGCCCCGCGGCCCCCCCAGCCCCCCGGGCCAUGAUCGCCGUCUCCAUCCCAGCGGCGGAACCCGCGGCGGCUUCGCGCAGCCCCGACAGGGCACACACGGUGUUCCGGGUGGAGGUGCUGUGCGAUGGCCGGCGGCACACGGUGACCAAGCGCUACAGCGAGUUCCAGGCACUACACAAGCGGAUCAAGAAGAUCUGCAAGGUGCCCGACUUCCCCCCACGCCAUGUCCCCCACUGGAUGCCCAAAGCACUGGAGCAGCGCCGGCAGGGCCUGGAGCUCUACCUGCGGGGUGUCCUGUACCACAACAAGGAGCUGCCCCAGGAUGUGCUGGACUUCCUGAAGGUGCGGCGGUGCCAGCAAGACCCCAAGGCCAGCAGCCCCUCCAGACUCCUGCCUUCCCAGCGCCCUGUCAUCGGCUUCUGCUCCGAUCCAUACGUGGGGCUAGGUGACACUGAUCUGCUCCCCAACACUGUCCUCACUGGGGUCUUGCAAGGCCUUUACCUCCCUCCAAGCUGCACCCCCGGCCAGGCAGUGCCUUGAGCCCCUGGAAUGCCAGGCUCCCAGGCACCCACCCAGCUCCCAGGGCUGCAGUGGUGA